GAAACCGCUGCUGCAGAUCUCCGGAUCUGAUCUCUCUUUGCAGCCAAAGCAAGCUCCACCAGGUACGCAAGUAAGGAGUGCGCAACACUUCGGCCACGCGCGCCAUCUUUCUUUCUCUGUUGUACGUGUUGGCUGCAGCUCCUCUCCCUCCCUCUCCCCUCUGAUGAAUGUCCGUCCGCCCUCGCCCCAGCCUGCUUUGCAUCCCCAGCCCCCGCCUCCACCUUCGCCAUCGCUUACCUGCAUUGACGAGGAUGAGGACGUCAACUCUAAUUCGUGUGUCGUUCCCGACAUCGAGGAGCGCACGCAGUGCUGUGAGAAACCCGAUGGAAGCCACUGCACGUCGUCCCAGUCACCCGCUAUGGCUGGCGCAGAGGACGUCAAGAACGCCAAAGGUGGUGAUGAUGCUGAGGCUGACGGUGAUGGUGAUCUGCCGCACAGCCCGUGUGCCAAGAUGCUCUCGUGGUGGGCUGGGUGGUGCGUUGGGUCCGCAGCCCGACUCGUCGCCGGUGUGGUUCUCCUGUCCAUCCUCUCUGAGCUUCUCCAGGUGAGUGUCAUGAUGACUGCAUGUCUGACAUGUCAGCGGGGGAGGCUGGGCUGGACGAAUGGUUUCUGUCUGGUCUGUGACUGCCUGCCUGCCUCACACAGGACGGUUUGGAUGCUGCGGGUUUAGACUUUCCGGGCUCGGUCGCCGGGCUUCUUCUGGUGUUUCUCGUGACGAUCGUGCUGGACGUUGUUGGUCAGAAGUGUCCCCGCCUGCAGGGCCUGCUGCCGGCUUGGCUGUCCAUCUUCAAGGCAGCUGAGGGCACCUUACUCAAGUGGAUGAUCGUCCUCUUCCUGCCGGCGGUCCUCGGGCUCCCUGCGCUGGCUGAGACAACAAGCAUCGAGGUCACCUGGCUGGGCUGGAUCAAGAUCAUGGCUGUCGUCCUGAUUGGGAUGCCGCUGACGGCUGCCUUUGGGGGGACGCUCAUCAUGCAAGGCUGCGCAAGUGCAACUGUCGUGGCGUCACUGAGGAGAUCUCGCCGAUCGAGAUGGAGGAGGGCGUCAACAAGGAGGAGGAAGGGCCGGCGGCAAGACCGAAACUGGCCCCCAAGGCUUCGGUCGCGUGGGUGCGCCCCUACGCUGCUGUCGGCGGCGUCUGCCUGGUGCUCUUCCUCAUGGUGCUCGUGGCAGCUCCGGCGUACCUACAGAUCCUCUCGCAACUGCUGAUGAUCGUCUGGCUGCCGUGGACCUUCGGAUCCCUCCGUCAGCUGGAGGCGAGGAUCCCGUCGUCGAGGUGGUAUCGCUAUGUUGCCAUCCCGGUGCUGGGGACCCUGGCAAUGGCGUGGCUCAUGAUGCUGACGCUGGCGGCUGUGAGGGAUGUUCCCUUCCCCCUCGUGGUGCGGGAAUUCCGCACAGGUGAGUCGCGUCGACAGACACAUCGGGGAUGGAAAGCGACAGCACUGUCACGUGUGUUGCGCUGUGCAUCCAUCGAUCAGGCGAGCUCCUUCGGAUUCUGCCGUCGCUCAUCGAUGCCUCUCACAGCCGCAGGUGAGUGAAUGCAUCAAGCAUCCAGAUCUGUCCGUCUCGUACUCAUAGAUUCGUGUGUCACUCACCUGCUCCCUCCCUUGUGCUCUCAGCUAUGACUUCGGCGCGGGGGAUGUGCUGCUGUACCUGCUGAACUCGGCCACCAUUGCGAUGGCCUUCCCAAUGCACUCGCGGCUGCCUCAAAUGAGAAAAUUCUUCAUCGAGCUCAAUGCAGCGGCGCUGAUCGUGUCGAUCGCAUCCAUCAUGCUCUCGGUAUCCUGCUCCCGCCUGAUCGGCCUCUCGCCAACCAUCUCUGCGAGCAUGUCGUUGCGAAGCGUGACAGCGCCCAUUGCGAUUGCGUCGUCGCGCUACCUGGGGGGUGCCAACGAGUCCCUGGUGGGUGGCAUUUGUGUGAUGACUGGGACGACAGGAGUGCUGCUGUACGACAAGAUCCUGGGACUGCUGCGCCGCUGGACGGCCACGAUGAAGAAAGACACACUGGACGUGAUGCAGGGGGUGGCUGUGGGUGUUUCGUGCCAUGGUACGCAUGACGUGCAAACAAAAUGAAGCACGCUGAUCUGCAGACGUGUGUGUGUGUGUGUGUGUGGACAGGGCAAGGGACAUCGAUGCUCCUGCUGACGCACCCUGGUGCCGCCCCUUUCUCCGCCAUUGCAUUCGCGCUCCUGGGCAUCUACAGUGCGGUGCUGAUGGCCAUUCCCGCGGUCCCUGCUGCUGUCGCCGCCAUCGCAAAGCUGUGAAGCUGCUGCUGCUGCUGCUGCUGAUCGGCCAACUCACGCACUCACUCACUAACUGACUCAGAUGCCCGCUUGUCGACUUACUCUUGGUGCAUAUGGGUUUGAAUGGCCUUGUGCGUGUCCAUGUAGGUGCGUACGUGUCGUGUUGUGUUGCGGUGCUGUGCGGCGUGCUGUGUCGUGUUGUUGUGUUGCGCUGUGUCAUUCUUGCUGCUGUCGGGAAAGGGGGGGUGGGCUGGGGGUGCGGGGGAAGUCCGUGUCCAAUUGUCCUUUUGUUUGUUUGUGCUGCCUGUUUGUGUAUGUACCUUAUGUCGUUUUGCCAUCCAUGCCUUGUGUGUGUAUGUGUGUACAAUUGUAGUCUGCCGCGCAAAGGAUGGCUGGUAGCACGAUAGCCACGACGGUAGCUAGCUAGCUACACGCGAUGCGGUGUGGGGUGUGUGUGUGUGUGUGUGUGUCCAAAUCCUAGUGCCCGCCCUCCCCCUGAGAGAAAUCGGGGCAGGGCGGGCAGACCACGAGAGGAAACAGUCGUGGUGGGGAUGGCUCUGGGUUGCGUGUGGGUGUGAGCAACUUGCGGCCCCGUUCAGCGGGCGAAUGAAUUCUGGCGUCUCGUCGUUCGUUCGUUGUCUCCAUUCGUUUCUCUCGUCGGGCCAUCGAGUCAGUGUCGUACCUUUUCGUCCUGCCUGCCUGCCUGCCUCGUCUGUUUUCUUUUCGACAGUUGUCUUGGUGUGUCUGUCUGCCUGCCUGCCUGUCUGCCUGUCUGCCUGCCUGCCAGUGUGGUUCUUAUUUAUCCUUGUCCUGCCUGCUGUGUGCUUCUCAUGUAUGGGGACAUACUUCAGUAGGUAGUGGAGAAGCGCAGCCCAGAAUGAGACAAGGAGGCAUCGUUUCUGUCAUCUGUGGCUGGCAUGCGCACGUUCGGACGACAGACAAGGGGAGGAGAGCGUGUGCAUACGAACGAUGACACACACACACACACACACACAUCACAUUCGUAUAUAAAGUAUGACGUCAGUUCGGACGUCAGUCCGUAUGCCUCUAUGCCUCUUUCCAUCCCUAUCGUGUGUGUUUGUUUGGUGUGCUUGCUGAUUUAACCGAGGAGAGAUUCUUACUGACAGAGAGAGAUAUUUCACAGCCAGCGGUGUCAUCUAUGGAUUGAUGUGUGUGACAUACAAUAAGUCCAUCGAAGUGCACACGAAGUCAGAGCGCACUGCAUGUGGAAGAGGGUCGGUCGGGUGGCCUGGAGUGGGGUAAGACGUCCAUCAUGUCGUCAUUCAUGGUGCGUCAAAGGCAGGCCGGCAGAUAUCCAUGAAUGCCUGAAGUCCGUGCAUACAGUGCUGAAGUGCACACAUACAAAGUGAGAGCGUACUGCACGUGGAAGAGGGUCGGUCGGGUGGCCUGGCCCAGUGGGGCGAGACAUCCCGCAUUGCAUGCAUGGUCUUCAUUCAUGGUGCGUCAAAGGCAGGCCAGCAGAUAUCCACGGACGGGUGGUUUGAGUUGGACUUGCGUGCCUGAGACUGACUGGCUGGCGAAGCCUCCCUGUGUGUUGCCUCCUUUCUCGUCUGUGUCUGUCUGUCUGUCUGUCUGUCUGUGCGUGUGUCUGCAUGUGUCGAGGCCGAGAGGGCCCGAUGUAUUACAUGCAUACAUAAAUACCUACAGCCAUACAGCCGUGCGGCCUCUUGCUCGGUGCCUGGUUUCACUGUCUGGUUUUUAUUUGUUGAUCUACCAGCAUCGGUUUAGGCGUUCCUUAUGUCGUCGGCUUUCAUCCAUUCAUUCAUUCACUAAUGUGUUGUUUGGGGGGCUGGCCAGGCCGGAUCGCAUGGAUGUUCUAUGUGUGGCUUUCCUGCACGCGUGUGGCGUGGGUGUGUGGGUGGACUCUUUUAUCACGACGACACACACAUCACAUGACAUCACACGCCGGGUAUGCCUCUUUUUGCUGAUUUAGUGGAAGAGAGGUUCUUUCUCAGAGAGAGAGAGAUUUGACAGCCAGAAGGGUCACGUAUGUAUGGAUUGACGUGUGUGACAUACAUACAAGGAGUCCAUCGAUGAGCGAAGUGCACACAAAGUGAGAGUGCACUGCACUGCUGGUGGUUUGUCACCCCAUAAAGGAGUUUAAUCCAUACCUUCUGCACAGGCAGGGCAAGGUGCGCCACACACAUACACACAUACGCCUACAUACGCUAAGACUGACUGGCUGACUGAUUUGCGGCGGAUGGAUGGAUGGAUGGAGCUUCCCUGUAUGUCGGUUGCGUCCUUUCCCCUCUGUCUGUCUGUCUGUCUGUCUGUCUGUGCCUAGCUGCAUGUGUGUGCAUGUGUCGAGGCCGACAGGGCCCGAUGUAAUACAUACACACCCACAGCCCUACCAUCCAUACAGCCGUGCAGCCUCCCAC